UGAUCAUUUUAUCGUGCCUAACAUACUCUACAUGUUACUUUACUUACACUUCUUUCAUAGGCUAUAUAAUAGACAAGAACAACAACAGUGAAUCAUGGAAACUGACUAUGUCAAUUUGAUGGGAAAAAAAUGUCUUAUUGAAUUAUGAUCAUGUGAAGCCCUUGAGGACAACCUGUCCUCAACCCCCAUUGACUAAGACAUUUUAAUUUUAUUAGGUUCAAACACCAAUUAAUAAUGUGUAGAAAAUUUCAUAGGGACCCAAAUGCAAAAUACACAAUAAAAUAAAGUAGAAAAGAAAAGAAAGUGAUAAUAAAUGAGUUUUGAGUAAAGUGAGAAAUUAAAAAAAGAAGAAGAGAAUAAGAAAAUGAACUCGCCUUGCAUUGGAGAAGCCUCAGAAGCUUGCUUCCAUGGCUGUUGUAGGGCGCCAAGUUUUGUUUCUCUUCACUCUCCCAAAUCACCAACCAGUACUAGCUCCACCAUUACUACUGCUUCAACAUCUCAGUACCAUUUCACCAUGGCAACACUUUCGUCUCUACCGAACAUUACUCCAUAUUUCACAAACCAUGAGUCUCUCCCUGGCUUAAGGGAAUCAUUUUCUUAUUUCGUUAAAGCUUUUCCUCUGUACUCUCAAACUCACCAAACUGAUCAAAUUCGAUCGCAUGAAUAUCAACAUCUUCAGAGCCAUGUCUGUCUUGAUUACGUUGGGAUUGGCCUUUUCUCCUAUUCACAACAACAACGACGUCGUUUUGAUCCAGCUAUGGCGUCUUCUUCGAGCUAUACUCCUUUGCUACUUGAUUUCCAUGAAUCCCACUUCUUUGAUAUCUGUUACAAAGCGGUGAGCUUGAAAUCCCAGAUGGUCUUUAACAGAGCCAUGAUGAGCCAAGAACCAGAGCUUGAACUCAAGUUAAGAAAGAGAAUCAUGGCUUUUAUGAAUGUUUCAGAAGAUGAUUACUUCAUGGUAUUCACUUCCAACCAAUCCUCUGCUUUCAAACUACUCGCCGACUCAUACCCUUUUCAGUCCAAUCGAAAUCUUCUCACGGUGUAUGAUUACAAGAGCGAGGGAGUUGAAGCCAUGGUUGAAAGCUCAAAGAAAAGAGGUGCCCGAGUCAACUCGGCAGAGUUCUCUUGGCCCCAUAUGAAACUCCAAAGCAAAAAACUAAGGAAGAUGGUAUUAAUGAGAGGUAAUAAAAACAACAAGGGGUUGUUCGUUUUCCCACUUCAGUCGAGAAUGACUGGCUCUCGCUACUCAUAUCUAUGGAUGAGUCUGGCUAGAGAGAAUGGGUGGCAUGUUUUGCUCGACGCUUGCGCUUUGGGACCCAAAGACAUGGAAACCCUAGGACUCUCUCUGUUCCAACCAGAUUUUCUCAUCUGCUCAUUCUUCAAAGUCUUUGGGGAAAACCCAUCUGGGUUCGGGUGUUUGUUUGUCAAGAAAACAACUUCUUCGAUCCUAGACGACUCGACACCGGCCUCAACUAUUGGCAUAGUGAGCCUCGUCCAAAACCCAUUAAGAAAAGAUGAAUUUUCUGAGUCAAAAAAGUCGGAAAUUGAUGAUGAAUGUAGAGGUUUGGAUCAUGCAGAUUCAUUGGGACUAGUUUUGAUAAGCACAAGAGCAAGAAUCUUAAUCAACUGGGUAGUAAAUGCAUUGAGUAGGCUAAAACAUCCCAAUUCAGAAAAUGGGCAUUCCUUGAUCAGAAUCUACGGCCCAAAAAUUGGCUACGACAGAGGACCGAGUGUUGCAUUCAAUUUGUUUGACUGGAAAGGAGAGAAGGUUGACCCAGCACUGGUUCAGAAGCUUGCUGACCGUAACAACAUUUCUUUGAGCUGUGGCUUUCUUCAAAAUUUUUGGUUCGAGGAUAAGAUUGAAGAAGAAAGGGAGUUAAGGCUAGAAAAGACGGGUUUUGUGAACAAGGAAAGUGAUAAACGCGAGCGAUGUGGGAUUUGUGUAGUGAUGGCUAGUAUUGGCCUGAUCACAAAUUUUGAUGACAUUUACAGGCUUUGGGGUUUUGUUUCGAGAUUUUUGGACGCCGAUUAUGUGGAGAAGGAGAGGUGGAGAUACUUGGCUCUUAAUCAAACUACAAUCGAAGUGUGAGAAGUGGAACAAGUUUUAAUUAAGUUGAGCAAUUCUUUCAUUCUUUUUUCUUUAUUUCAUUACUAGUAUUAUUAUCAUUGUUUGAAGGAUUCUUCGCUCCAUUACAUGGGAUCGGAGUAUAUUUAUAGCCUAAAUUAUAUAUAUCAUUCUGGGAGUUGUCCGGUACUCUCCUAAAAAUGGGAGCACCGGUGCCUCUUGUGUUUUGGACCAUUAUAAUUAUAAUUUUGGUAAAUAUAUAUAAAUUGGGGAAUUCUUUGAUAGAAACUUCACUUUUAA